AUGGAGGCCUUUGACGAUCCUGAAUUUCCAGAGGAUGAGAAAUCUGCCCUGCGGGACGAACGGAAAGCGACAUUCUGGCAGCAGACGCGGAGUCUCCGCGGCGCGGUCCUGGUCGUUGGAGCGCUUUCAGGAGUUUGUCAGGGGUGGACGCAAAAUGUUCCCCUUGGGAAGGCAUUUAAUCUGAACCUCGAUCCGCAAAACGGAAGCACAAGAGAUCAAUUUGUUCUCGGUGCACUCUCAGCUAGUGUGACACUCGCGUCCGGCAUCUUGGGCCUGUUUAUUUCUGAUCCCAUCCAAAACCACUGGCUUGGACGGCGUGGUGCUGUGGCAGUUUCUGCGGUGGUUAGUCUGGGAGCGACAAUUGGUGUCGUUUGCUCACGAACCGAAGCCCAGAUUAUUGGCUGUAGGUUGCUGAUUGGAGCAGCUUUGGGAGCCAAAGCGAGUGUAAUCGCACCAUUUUUGGCGGAACUCGCGCCAGUCCACAUGCGCGGGGCCCUCUUGUCGACAUGGCAAAUAUCGGAUGCUCUUGGUAUAUUUCUUGGGGAUGUAUCCUGGAAAGUGCUGGAUUCAUUCAAACUGGAUCCGGACACAGAAUGGCGCUUUCUGAGUGCGACCACUCUAAUUCCAACCAUUCCUUUAAUGGUAGCUUCUUACAUGAUACCAGAAAGUUGGAUGUUCUUGAUGAAGACGAGGGAAUAUCCUCAGGCGGCGGAGGCAGCUUGUCUCUACCGGAGACACCCUAUUCAAGGAUACCGAGAUAUCAUCUCUAGCCAUUAUCAAAUGGAGGCAGAAGCAGAGUUGAUGGAGAUUCGCAAAAGCACCAAGAAGGAGCAUUCCGUGGUUAGGCAACAAGAUGAAGAGAAUACACCCAGUCAUCCCAGUCAUGCUGUUGUGGAUGAGACCAAACCGUUAUCAGAACGUCUAGCUCACAACUUGCCAGGUUUGUGUAGGCAAUUCCACGGACCAGGGACUGAUGAGAAUUGCCCUCAUGGCUAUCAUAUGAAUGAGACGCACUUUUACCAGAGGAUUGGUCAGAUACUUAGAGAUCCCCGUUGUCGCCAUGCUCUAGUGUCUGGAGGAACUGUGAUGCUGACACAAUCACUAUGCGGAAUCAAUGCUUUCGCAUUCUUUUCGUCUUCACUCUUGCAUGCUGGCCUUAGCCCAAACUUUUCCGUGAUACUGGCUCUUUGUUUUGGUGCCGUCAGCUUUGGAUUUGGUCUAUUGACGCCAUUUCUGAGUGAUCGACUAGGAAGAACUAAUUUAGUUCUCCUCGGAUUGCCCGUGAUGUCUGUGUUCAUGUUUAUAUUGGCAUCCCUUUUUGAACUGGACAACAGUGCAAAGACACCUGUUAUCAUGGUUUUCACAAUGCUGUUUACAGCUGUUUAUGCUUUUACCCUGGGACCAGCCGCCUUCAGUCUCUCUGCUGAAUCCUUUCCAAGUACCGUCCGGGAAGCCGGGAUGGCAAUGUGCGUCUUCAUAAAUAUGACAUCCCUUGGAAUCCAACUCUUGAUAUACCCUUUUAUUACUGGCCCAAUUGGUUUCACAGCAAGUCUUUGUAUCUAUGUGAGAUACCCUGCCAACACUUUAUUGUGA